UUAUUUUAUUUAAAUCUAUAAAUUUACUUUUAUUUAUUAUCGGGGCACAUGUCCCCGUCAGAAUUAACGGUACUGCGUCUCGUCCUUGACGUCGCGGUACUCGCACGCGGUGAUGCGCAAGACCAAAACAACCGCGAAUCCUUAUUAUAGGAUAGUGUAAUGUUUGGGUCAGUGAACCUUUCCUUAUUCGGUCGACGAUUGUAAGCACGUAUACAUACACGUAGUGUAGUGCUGUGAGGUUGCGACCAUUGCACAAUCUAUUGGACAUUUGCUAGAAAUUUAUCAAGAUUAUUAUUUCUAUCGAUUCUCGAAUUUUCAACGGAUUUUCAUCAAUUAAUUAAAGAAAUGGAGAGAUCAUGGACUAUAGUAAGGUUUAUAGAUGAAGAUACAGUUGAAGCUGUCCCAUCUACCUGGAUUAUCAAUAAAAAAUGUUAUUGGCCACCGUUUCACAUGGAAAAAAUUGUAGCGGCUAUCAAAAAACAUGCCGAACCAAAUACAUGUUGGCCUUCAUAUAAUGUUAUGACUUUCAGAAACAGCAGUUAUGAUAACUAUAAAACAGCCAGGGAAAAAGCCAAAAAGGCUGAAUUAACAUCUGAAUUAAACUCCGAGACUGAUAAUGAUAACAUUUCGAAAAGAAAAAUUAUCCCAAAGAAAUUCUUUUCGUCAUCAGAUGAAUCUACCGAAGAGUGCACUAAAUUACGGACGCCUCCAAUUAUGAACACACAAAAAUCAUUGAAAAGUACAAAUUACGAAAAUGCGAAGAGCAACAAAUGUCAAUCAAGAUCAGUGGAUCAAUCAUCCAAUGAAGUUCCGAAUAAACGGACGAAGCACUUACAAGAUGGAUUUUUGAAUAUUUCAAAUAUUUUGCAGGACAAUGAGCACAACAUACAAAAUAAUAAGACAGAAGAUGUUGUCGACAAUAAAAUUGUGCUUCAGUAUUUUAAAGAAAUUAUCCGUCAGCAAUCAUACUUUAAGACCCAGUUAUGGCAAAUAGCAGAUGAUUUAAAAGAUAUGAAAAAUGAAUUGUUGCAACAAGUUCAUCAACGGCCCAAUGUAACUGAAAGAGAAGAGUCUAUUUUUUCUUUUCCUCAUCUUCCUUUUAAUUCGGUGGAAGAUUUAGAAGAGCACGUGGAACAAUUUUUAAAUCAACCGAAUAAGUUCGAAAUAUCGGUUAAAGAAGUAUCCAGAGUAGGGGGAAAAAAUCCUUACGAAUUUAUUAAGCGCAAUUGUACUCGUUUGUUGACCAACGAGCUGGCUGAAAAAUAUAGUUGGCUAGGAGCAAAACAGAAAAGGAAAUUUUGUCAUUUAAAACUCGCUGACUUGCUAAUUGUUUCCGGUCAAGAUAGUAAUUCCGAAUAUAACAAGAAAGUUUUAGAAGAAGCAGUUCAGAAAUGGCUGCGAAGAGCUAAAGAAAGAUUAAAUGGUGAAAAGAAGAAGCAAGAUAAACAAAGAACUGAAGAAGACUCAUCAUAACUAUAAGAAGACUAAUAACAAGAAGAUUAAUAAUAUUAAUAAAUUUUUGAUAUAUUUUA